AGCAUGCUGGUGGAUUCUGGUCCAAAUGACACUUUCUUGGACAAAAGAGGGGCCAAUGAAAAUGACAUUGCCCUUAUCAAGCUUGGUCAUCCCAUUGGUGUCCUGAAUGUUGAUGGAACCCCUAACAUUGCUGGCAAUAUCACACACAUUGCUUCUCUUGUUAUGAAUUACCAAGGACAUUGA